AUGGCGUCGUCCGGACCAUUUGGAUCGAUUCGAAACAAAAAGGAUGCGAAUAAGAAACAAUUUGAGGAUGAGCAAAAAAUGCGAGAAGAGAAAGAAAGAGAGGAUCAAGAGCAGUACAUGAGACAAGUUGAAGCGCGUAAUCGAGAAAGAGAAAAAAUGGCGAGACGAAUGGAGGAUACACCAAGAAUCGAUAUUCGGAGUGAAAUGUUUCUGGAAGCAUCUUCUGGAGAUGUUCCAAGACCAGCGACAUCGUUAAUGAAUCUCAAAGAUCAGAAAAAAGUGAUGAGAUCAAUUUCAUCGGCUAGACUCCCCACAAGAUCUGCUCUCGAAGUUCCGGUUCACCCAAACACUUUGUCCGCUCCAGAACCGCCAAUGGAACUUCAAGUACUAAAUUCAUCAGGAGCAUUAUCUAUACUACAGGAAGAACCUGCAUUCAAUCUUCCUCAAGUCUCUGAAAAGAAGGCUCAGAAAAUUGAUGCGUUGAAUCUUUCAAUGAAACGACAAGAAGCGAAAGGACUAAAAAUAGAGAGGUCUAGCGAUUGGUCAGCUGAACUUGGGUCUGGGCACUCUUCAGUGGGACCACCUUCAGUUGUGGAGAUCGAGAGGAAAAAUGAAGUCAUGGUUAAACCCGAGAUUCCAAUAAAAGUGAAAUUAGCUGGAGAAAAGAAAGAACCGAUCGACUUAAAUUCUUCAUCAUCGGAAGUUCAAUCUACUCCUGUUCAACCUGCUAUAGUUCCGACUGAGCAUCUGAUUCCAGUUCAAAAGAGCAAAUGCUGUUGUAUAAUGUGA